AUGCCGGAGUCCCGGAAUGUGAAGCUGGACGCUCUGUCGUGGCAGUUUUCGACGAAGAAGGAGAAACAGGAUCCUGAGCCCAUCCUUCCAGCAACUUGCAUUAUUGGAACAAUCACAUGGGAGAUCGAGUUGGCCCUUCGGGAGGUUAAGAGCCGAACCGGAUCCCGGAGGAGGGCUCGCAGGGCGAUCUUUGUUCCCUCCACCGUUCACUCCCAGCCCACCUUGUCACCAGAUGCUCGGGAAUAUGUCUCCACCUGCUCUACAUGUGCCCGAGACAAGUUGGGGAAUCAACCUCGAGCUGGCUUGCUACAACCACCAACUCGGCCGUGGUUUCAUAUCACGGUGGACUUCGCCAUCGGCCUACCCCCAUCAGCAGCACUUCCUAAGCCCACGUCGGUCCUGGAGACAGCCCAGCAGCUCACUAACCACGUGUUCCCCCUCCAUGGCAUCCCGGAGGAUAUAAAAAGGAGCACACCACAAAAGGAGCACACCAGUCAGGAGCUGAAGACAGUGCUUCGCUGCAUCGUCGCCUCCAACCAGAUCAUCUGGAGCGAGCAAUUGCCCUGGGUGGAGUAUACCCACAACAGCUUGAAGUCAUCGGCUACAGGGCGUGUCGCCGGCUUUGGAGGGCCACUCGGGCGGCACUGUUACAGCACCAAAGAACGCAACAAACAUGCCAACCGGCAUAAAACUCCCACUCCAGAAUACACCAUCGGUCAGAAGACCGCUGAUUUUUGUGGUAGCACAAACAUGGACACAAAUGAUUCAUCACUCAGCUCAACAUCCAUCCUGACCCAGCUGCCUCUCAAUACCACAGCAUUCAUAAACAGCACGGUAAAAUCCUUCAGUGUGUUUGAUGGGUGCGAAAACCUGAUAGAGGCCAUUCUUUUUGACCUGGCCAUGCAGUGCAUCAACGUAAUUUUGGGUAUCCCAGCCAACUUACUCGUCAUUGCUAUUCUCAUCCACAAUCGCAAAGAGCCUUCCACUUCAGACAUAUUCUUGGGCUGCUUGGCCUUCAUGGAUGCCUACUUUGGUGCAAUGACCCCCCUGAGCUUCCUUAAUCUCUACCUCUGGCAGCUCAAAGAGGUUUGGUCAGCCAUUAAGUUCUCCUUUGGGGUGAAAGACACCAGCGGCCCGUUGUUCCUCUCCUGCAUCUGCUUGGAUCGCUUUGUAGCUGUACUCUUUCCAAUCGCAUUUGGGCAACUUAAACACUUCAAGUACAGGUUAGGCCUCUCAGUGCUGGUGCUCUGUCUCACCUUUGCCUACUCAGCAGCCAAGAUGGUGGGAGGGCUCCCCAACUUUGAAAAGUUGUUCACCGGUGAGGUACUGGCAGCAUUUACUUGGAUGGUGGUGUGUAACGCAAGCAUCCUGUGGGCACUGAAGAAGUCCACCGGAGCAGGGAAGGAUGCAAUGCACCCCAUGAAAAAGAAGGCCUUCAAGAUGGUGCUCUCUAUCCUGUGUAUCAUCGUGUUCAACUACCUGCCACUUGUUGCUCUGUUUCCAUUUGAGGACUACUACUCCCCUCAUGUGUUUCGCUGCUACGUUCAGCCCGCGGGUUUUGCCUUUCUGAACAUCAGCAGCACAAUCCAGCCCCUUGUCUACUUGUCUCGUCUAGAGAAGGUGCCUUUCCUCUCUGAUGCCAGCAUUAAAAAGAUUACUUCCUGUUUCAACCCAGAGAAGAACCAGAAUGCACAGGAGCAAAACCCACCUGCUUAG